ACAUCUAAACAUAAUUUUCUUCAAUUUCCUUGCAUAUUUCACCUUCUCUACAUUUUUUUGAGAUUUCUUCAUCACCAUGGGCAAAGACAAGAGCAGGGCUGCCACCUCCGGGAAAUCAAUGUCCAAAUCCCGGGCACCGUCAACAAACUUCGAGGAGCGCCUCUACUACGGCGACGGGUUGUACCUCUGGUUCGAUUCCGAGGAGGAGCGCACCCGUUUUCUCACCUUCUUCUCUAAACGGGUUGUGGCACCCCCAUGGAUCGUCCCGGAGCGCCUACCAGAGCUCCAAGGCUACGACGACCUUGACGCACAGCUUCACCAAACCGGCCUUUGGCCGUUCGUCUCCCGGGCUCAGAAGGAGAUCAACCCGGCGCUGAUUCGAGUUUUCUAUUCCAACCUCCGACGUGAGGACGACGUGCUCUACUCCCUUGUCAAGAGCACGCCGAUCGAGCUCCCCGUUGAGCAGCUUGGGCGCAUCGUCGGCCCCCCUACCAAGGCGACAAUGUCUCUCACUAUGGCGGAGAGGACUGGGUGCUCAAUAACGAGGGCCUUAUCCUCAAUGAGCUUGGCAUCACAGAGCUCAUCUGCCAUGCCUCGGGCCGCCCCACCAUCAACUCAGCGAACCCCGAGAGCCAUCUACUCCUAUACAUCAUGUCCCGGAUCAUCAAGCCCCCGUGAUGUGCGGGAAUUACUAGUCCGACAUCACCUGUUCAGGGCUUAGUGUAUGUACAUGGUAUUCAGGUUUCGAGUACCACCCCUAUUUUUCUAGUCUCACCUCAUUCGUGAGACUAAGGCCGCGUGAGUUCGUCGUACCAAAUGGGCAAAUCUCAUAGCGCAAGGGUGUCCUUGCAAGUUAUAGGAUCAUGCAUCAUGUUACCAUCAUCAAGUACAAUUACAUUGAUUACAUAGGUGUCAUGUAAUCAUCAUCAAGAAAAAGUAUAUUGAUUA